AUGGUUGAUAAUGGUCGUGUACCGUGUAUCUCCCCAACCUCUGAGAAUGGCUCUUUAGAGCCCAAACAAAACCCUACACCACCCUCCCAACCACAACCACAACCCACCAAUGAGAACCCUAUCAUUCUGGAGGAGGAAAACACUACACCACUCUCUAAGAGACCAAGGGGAAGGCCCUCUGGCUCUAAGAACAAGCCCAAAUCACCAAUCAUUGACGACAACCUCCAUACCGUCGUAUUUCAAAUCCCUCCUGGAAAUGAUAUCAUUGCUUGUCUCAUCAACUUUGCACGCUGCCAUCAAGUUAACCUCACUGUCCUUAGUGCUUCUGGCAUUGUGUCAGACAUUCAUGUUCGCCAUCCUCAUGUUCUCUAUGGCCCUUCUUUGAUCUACCGCGGACUCCACUCAAUGAUUUCUCUAAAUGGAACCUACAUGAAUUUUCAAUUCCCUUCCAUCACCAAUGAACCUACCUAUGAGAAGAACUUCACUAUUAACCUUUCGGGGAGCCAUGGUACAGUUUGUGCUGGGAUUGUUGCAGGGAAGGUCAUGGCUGCAGGUCCUGUAGUGGUCAACGCCUUAGUGUUUAAGAACUUUGGUUGCAGGGCAUUCUGCAACGAUGGAAACAUGCUGAUUGAGGAAGGCGGAGUGCUUUCUUGUUUUUUCAAUGAUCAAAAUUCAAGCAGUUCUACUAGCUCAGUGGGCAGCAACACAAACAGUGCAUAG